AUGCUCAUCGAAAACGUCAGUGGCCAUGUUGGCCAGCUGCGAUCGGACCCAGAAGACGGCUAUGUCAGUGCUGUGGUCACGGAGGGGGGUGAAAGCAUGCUACGCACCCUUGGUCGACUUGGAGGUGAUGCGAGUGGGGACAGAUGUAGCGUGACGCUCCGAAUCAAUGUGAGCUUCGUCGAAGGGUCAGACACCGGGACAGCCAUCGAUUGUGCGGCGACUGCUUUUGGAAUUGGAGGGUGGUUGUUACCUGAUCUACCGGGCUCUGGCAAGCUCUGGCUUACAUGUGCAAACGCUACCGAGCUGGAGGCCAAUCCCUGGGUGCAGCGGUAUGCUGAAGCAACUGCAGAUGCCAGCUUCUCAUUCUCAUCCGGAGACUUGCAGAAGUCACCAGAUGCGCAUUCUCUUAAAGCGCAGAUUGCUCGCAUCCUGGAGAUUGCUGUGAGCCCGACCUUGGUCAUCUCACUUGCAGGUCCUUUGAACUAUUUUGUCUGUCCCAUGGGAACCAACUGCACCAUUGCUCCCGGGCUACAAGUCAAGAUCAUCAAAGGAGGGAAGACAUGCGGGUGCGCUCCUGAAAUUCUGACCAUCGAAACACACGGUUUCUACAAGGCCUGCUAUUGCCUCUCUGAUCUCGUGGACCUCCCGGGCCAAAGCAGCCUUGCAUGUGAUGCUGACGGCGAUUUCACAUCCCUGGCCGGCGUAAUACUCGGAAUGGGCCCAGAGCCAGCCAGGCUGGUCGCUCUUUACCUUGCCCUCGGGCAUUCGUGGCAACCCCGCACCACAGGCUUCACUUCGCAUGCGCCGGUCUAUGAAGAGAUGCUGCAGUAUGCCGCGGGCCUCAUGUUCAGCAGCUUGCAGUUUCCAUCCGUCGUGCAAAUUACGAACGCAUCUGCCCCUGUAUGUGGCUACAAUCUGUAUGCAUGUGAUCUUGUCGGAGAAGUGCUCUGCACUUUGGGGGAAGCAUGUUCAGUGCUGCUCAAUGGGACCUCGCUGCGGAGCUACAAUGGCCUAAAAGUUGUUCGCAUGCCGCACCCUUGUGCAACCAGGCUUGAGUACCCACAGCUUGCGGCCUUUGAGGGCCUGGUGAACCCCAAAGACGGCUGCACACGGAGUGAUGGCCACAAGGCAACCUAUCGCCCGGUUCACACUUGGGACUUGGGCAGGCCGACCCGGGGUGCAACAGCUGUGACAUUGCAAGAGCCUGGCCCGGGCGUUUACAAGCUUUGUUGGGGUCAUGACCCGGCCAAUGAGACAAUGGAGGAACAGCAGUACCCUGUCGAGGCUGGAUUCUUCAUGAUGCUGGGCCCUCUUGCUAUGGACUUUGAGUGUUACUUGCACUUUCCAUGUACCAUCAACAUCAGUGGAAUCGGGCUCAGCUCUUCAAACAUGGUGCUGCUGAUUGAGACAGCCGCUGGAAGAUGCGGGGACGCAGGCCUUCCAGCAUUGGACAGUGCCUGGUCAAUUUCGAAUCCCGUUGCAGUGAGCCAAGAUUUCUUGCACAGCUACAAUUUCUACUCCUUUGGCACUGCUGAAGGGAAGUCGGGGGCGUCGCAUCGCAUAUGCUGGGGGCACGACCCACGCGGUGAAGCCUCCACCACCAGUUACAGCGUCUCAGAUUCAGCAUUGUAUAGAGUGGAGAUCGAUCCAGAUUUUUUCUGGAUUCGAUUGACGGCGAUUGUGGACUGUGUUCUGGGCAGGAGUUGCACAGUCACCAUUAUUGGCUCGGGUAUUGUGCCUUCCAGUGCCAUUCUGCUGAUUACGAACCCAAGUCGUUGUGGAGAUGCUUCAGCAGAGGCAGUUGAUCUCAGCGAGCUAACUAAUCCGGCUGGGGUGGAGCCGAUAGACGGCGUCAGCAGCACACGGGGACUCUACAUCCUCGGAUUUGCAACUUCGCAGGCGCCACCAUUUGGAUUCAGGAUAUGCUGGGGGCCCAAUCCAGCCAAUUCGUCUGGCGUGGAGUUUCCUUAUGAAGUGGAUUAUCCCACGUACUGGCAGCCGACACCGUUCUUUGAGCAUCGUGUGGGAAGUGUUGGCCUGGUGCGUCUGGACAGCGAAGAGACAAGUCACAAGCUGCUGGCUCUCUACUCUGAUCCAUCGGAAACGCCAAGCACGAGCAACCGUCAAACGGGCUCCCUGGCAGAAUGGCAUGACUAUGAUUGCUGCCUAAUGGCGGGCCACGCAGCUGGGGUAGUGCUUCAGGUGGAUGGCUCCGAUCGAGCACUUCCUUUUGGCAGCUACAUCUUCCACGAGCGACCUUCUGAUGAUAUCUCAGCUGUGGCCCUCACGACGCGCGAGCCCCUUACACAAGGACUGCAAGACUGCGCUGGUUCCUGUGACUUCACAUCAAGUCACACGGACUAUGUGCUGCUUGCAGGAUUCCGUGAUCUAUCAAGCCCCGAAAAGCAUCCGGGCAAUCUUAUGAUGCUCAAGGCACAUCCGACUGGGCCACAGACCGCGCCGACGUGGCAAGCACGCCGAGCUUCCCAAUACUUCUCGCAGAUGCCUCCCCGAAGCCUUGCGGAUUGGGAGGAGAGCUUCCGGCCGUGUGUGACAGUGGAUCCACUGGCUGUCCGAAUCUGA